AGGAGGGGAGAUGCUGGAUUCGGGAGAAGGUCCGCCAUUAUUGGGAAGCUGAAAAAAAUAGACUUAAACACACCGUCACACAUUUAGCUCGUACGGGGCUUAACAUUAGAAAGGAGAACCCAGCGGGUCGGGACGCGCCGCUGGACACUGAAAAAGCGACGCUUUGGUUUAGUGAAGGCAGAGCCUGUUUGUCGUGUUUCCUACGGACUCUUUUAUUUUUGACACAACAAAGGAAAUAAUAAUUGGUCAAAACAACGUGGUGGCUGAACCAAGAAGGAAAAACACACACCGAAACAGCGCUUGUUUCCGACGCCUCCCCCUUUCUCCUCUCGCCCAGUCGUGGUGAAAAGCCUGAGUUUGAACAGCAUUUUUUCUCUUUCCUGACCAGAUUUGAGUUGUUUUUUUCCUCCUCUCUCUUCUCCUUUAGACGGAGAAAGAGAAAUAAGCAUGUGAAAACUUCAGACUGGUGAAAAGGAGCACGUAAUGUUGGGAGCAGUGGACAGAGAGCGUGUUUGCUGAAACAAAAGCGGAAAAUAAUCGAUGUGAGUGCUGCUGGGAAGUGUUUUCGUCUGUUUUUUAAAAGUCUUUCACCGGCUGUGAGUCGCAGGCAGAGAAAGAAAGGAGUGGACGAAAGCUGGACAGAGGGAGGAAUGCUAUGGUCCAGACCCCAGCUUCUGUGAGCCCCUAUUGCAUGGAAACCCUCCUUCUUUGGCAACCCUCUCCUCUCCCUAAAGCCAGCGGCCUGCAUGGCAGGAUGAGCCUCUGCAAGCGAUGAUGAUGGCCAAAAAGCAAGAUGUCCGGGCACCCACCUACAACCUGGUCGUUAUUGGGUUGUCCGGCACAGAGAAGGAGAAAGGACAAUGUGGUGUGGGCAAGUCCUGCCUGUGUAACCGCUUUGUCCGGCCGAGCGCAGAUGACUUCUACUUGGACCACACUUCUGUUCUCAGCACCAGCGACUUUGGAGGCCGCGUGGUGAACAAUGAUCACUUCCUGUUCUGGGGAGAAUCUGGACGGACGGUGGAAGAGGGGCCAGAAUGCCGUAUGAAUGUGGUGGAGCAGACAGAGUUCAUAGAUGAUCAGACGUUUCAGCCCCACCGAAGCACGGCACUCCAACCUUACAUCAAGCGGGCAGCCUCCACCAAGCUGGCUUCAGCUGAGAAACUGAUGUACUUUUGCACAGAUCAGCUGGGGCUUGAGCAGGACUUUGAGCAGAAGCAGAUGCCUGAAGGCAAGCUUAUGGUGGAUGGAUUCUUACUCUGUGUGGAUGUUAGCAGGGGUAUGAACCGUAGCUUUGAAGACCAGAUGAAGUUUGUGACCAAUCUGUACAACCAGCUAGCCAAAACGAAGAAGCCUGUGGUACUGGUUCUCACCAAAUGUGAUGAAGGAGUUGAGCGCUAUAUUAAAGACUCUCACACCUUUGCCCUAGCCAAGAAGAACCUACAGGUGGUAGAAACAUCAGCAAGGUCUAAUGUCAAUGUUGACCUAGCUUUUCUUACACUGGUUCAGCUUAUAGACAAGGGUAGGGGAAAACCCAAAAUUAUCCCUUACUUUGAGGCACUGAAACAGCAGAGUCAACAGAUCGCCUCAGCCAAAGACCGCUAUGAGUGGCUGGUCACCCGAAUUGUUAAGAACCACAAUGAGACCUGGCCCAAUGUCAGUCGCCGCAUGCAGACUGCCCCGGAGUACAAGGAAUAUGUUUUCCUUGAGGGGACAGCUAAAGCUAAAAAGCUCUUCCAGCAGCAUGUGCAUAGACUCAAACUAGAGCAUAUAGAGAAACGAAGGAAGGCCUACCUAGGUACACUACCACAAGCUUUGGCUGUGCUGUUACCAGAGUUGGACGAGAUAGAUCACCUGAGCUGGUCUGGGGUUCAGAAAGUCCUAGAGACAAAGAGAGAUUUCUCCCAGUGGUUUGUAGUGCUAGAUGACACUCCUUGGGAGACCACACCACACAUCGACAUCAUGGAGGAUGACCGAAUCCCCCAGGACCUCCUGGAGACACCUACGGCUGAAACUCUCUAUGAAACCCACCUGGAGCAGCUGAGAAAUGAGCGCAGACGGGCUGAGAUGAGAUGGGAGUUCAAGGAGAAGCUUAGCGUUUCUCCUUUCAUCACACCAGGAAAACCUUGGGAGGAGGCCCGAAGCUUCAUCAUGAAUGAAGACUUCUACCAGUGGCUGGAUGAGGCUGAAUAUCUGGAUAUCUACAACAAGCACCAGAAGGAAAUCAUUGACCGAGCCAAAGAGGACUUUCAGGAGCUGCUUCUUGAAUACUCUGAGCUCUUUUAUGAGCUGGAAGUGGAUGCAAAGCCAAGUAAAGAGAAAAUGGGAGCCAUUCAGGAGGUGUUGGGCGAAGAGCAAAGAUUUAAAGCCCUGCAGAAGCUGCAGGCAGAAAGGGAUGCUCUGGUAUUGAAACAUAUCCACUUUGUCUACCACCCAACAAAGGACACUUGUCCCAACAGCCCACACUGUGUGGACAGCAAGAUAGAGCAGAUACUGGCCUCCAGAUUCCCUACCCGCUAUGCAUCAUCGGAAAGUUCAAGACUUGAGGGGGGGAGGGCAGAACGAAUAAACCUUGUCAUCCUAGGGAAAGAUGGGCUAGCCAGAGAAAUGGCAAAUGAGAUAAGGGCUUUGUGCACCAGUGAUGAUAGGUACGUGUUAGAUGGCAAGCUGUAUGAGUUAGCUCUUCGUCCUAUUGAGGGUAAUGUACGUCUGCCAGUCAAUUCAUUCCACACACCAACCUUUACACCCCUGGGUUGCCUGUGUUUGUACAACUCAAAGGAAUCCCUCUCCUAUGUUGUAGAGAGUUUGGAGAAGCUUAGGGAGUCAACUAUAAGCAGGAGAGAAAGGGAAAACAGCUUAGCCCAACUCCCCCUCUCCCUCCUCCUGGUCACCAAGCGAGGGGUGGGCUCCAUAGGGGAUAUUGGGGGGGAGACGGCUCAGACUCUCAUCCAACAAGGGCAGCAGGUGGCCGGAAAGCUGCAGUGCUCUUACCUAGACCCUGCCUCUCCAGGCGUGGGAUAUGGGCGCAAUGUGAAUGAGAGGCAGCUCAACCAGAUGCUGAAGGGCCUCUUGGAAUCUCGGAGAAGCAUAGGCAGCAGCUCCCCUCCCUUACCCCCUCCAUCAUCUGCCUUCAGAGACUCUCAGUCCCAGGCAAUGUUAGAGGCAGACCUAAGGAUAGUCAUGUGUCUCAUGUGUGGAGACACGUAUGACCUUGACCAACUCCUCGCACCCUUCCUGUUGCCCCAGCACUGUCGUCCUGCCGCCAGCCUCAGCAGCGGGACUUCUGUUUUGCUGGAUGUCGGUGUGGGAGGUCAGAGGCAGAAUGUUGAGUUGUCACUGCUGUCUUUCCAUUCCUCAUUCUCCCUCCGCAAGACAAAGCUUGUCCAUGGCUACAUUGUAGUAUACUCUGCUCGCCGUAAGGCCUCUAUGGAGACAUUAUGUGCUUUCCUGUGUGAGGUCCAAGACAUCAUCCCGGUCCAGUUGCUAGCAGUAGGGGAGAGCCAGAUGGAGCUGUCAGACUCAGAGUCAGCUAAGGAACAGAUCAGUCAGGGAGAGGAACUGGCCCAUGAAAUAGAGGCAAGGUUUAAUACAGUUAUAUGUGGACACGGGGGAGUGGUAGGGGGGCUUCAUAAGAUAGACCUUUUCCAACCCUUCCUCAAAGAGGUGGUAGAGAAGCGCACUAUUGUGGAGGCCACGCACAUGUACGAUAAUGUUGCUGAGGCCUGUACCAAUGAGAGCAUCAGCCCUCGCUGUGGCUCUCCAAGUCCAGUUAACAUCCUCAUGGACUCAGAGGAUGAUAUUGAUCCAUCGCCACCUUACCCAACCCUUCGGGAGGAUGGCAACCUGAGUUCCCACCUUGGCUUCAAGUUGCCAGAUCUGGAUUCAAGUGAUACCUUCUCUGUCAUUUCGGAGCUCAGCACCUUUGAGAGCAAGCUUAACAACAAGGUUCCUCCGCAAGUGAAGCCCAAACCUGUGCGCAAGGUCAACCUCGGCCCCUACAUGGAUCAGCAGGGUGGUACCAACCGUCGCUCUCAAGCUGUCACCUGGGCCCCAGGUAGCGACGGUGGCUAUGACCCCUCAGACUACGCUGAACCUAUGGAUGCUGUGAGCAAACCUCGACCCACAGAAGAGGAGAAUAUCUAUUCUGUACCUCACGACAGCACACAGGGCAAAAUUAUCACCAUUCGCAAUGCCAACAAGGGUCAUUCUAAUGGGAGCGCAGGGGGGAAUGGGUCAGACAGCGAGGCUGAUAGCAGCUCACUGGAGCGCAGGAGAAAGUUGUCAGCCAUUGGAGUAAAGCCUAAGCUUUACAGAGACAGAUCAAAACGGCUUGGCAAGUUCAGCAGUUUCAGGACAAGCUUCUCCAUAGGCAGUGACGAUGAGAUGGGAGGUCCUCCCAAGGUCAGUCAGGAUGAUGGAGGGGCCCAGAAGGAGAACUCCAUUGAAGAGAGUGAGGACCCCAAAAGAAGAAAUAUUCUUAAGAGCCUUCGGAGAAAUACAAAGAAACCUCGAGCCAAACCCAGGCAUUCCAUCUCCAAACCCAUCGAAAGCAACUACUUUGGCAUGCCACUGACCUCCGUGGUGAGUCUUGAGAGGCCGAUCCCAGUCUUCAUCGAGAAGUGCAUCAGGUUCAUCGAAACAACAGGAUUGAGCACAGAGGGCAUCUACAGGGUCAGCGGCAACAAGGCAGAGAUGGAGGGCAUGCAGCGGCAAUUUGACCAAGACCACAACCUGGACCUGGUGGAGAAGGACUUCACCAUCAACACAGUAGCAGGAGCCAUGAAGGCCUUCUUCUCUGAGCUGCCCGAUCCUCUGGUGCCCUACAGCAUGCAGGGCGAGCUGGUGGAGGCCUUCAAGAUCAACGAUAGAGAGACGCGCUUCCAGACGAUGAAGGACAUUCUGCGUCGCUUCCCCAAGGAGAAUUACGAGGUCUUCAAAUAUGUCAUCAGCCACUUGAACAAGGUGGGUCAGAACUACAAGCUGAACCUGAUGACCAGUGAGAACCUCUCCAUCUGUUUCUGGCCAACUCUGAUGAGACCAGACUUCACCACCAUGGACGCCCUGACCGCCACCCGCACCUACCAGACAAUCAUCGAAGGCUUCAUCCACCAGUGCGCGUACUUCUUCUACAAUCAACCCCUGGCUGACGGCCUCCCCGGCUCCCCGACCUCCACACUCUCUUCCACCUCCUCAUCCUCGGCCUACUCCUGCAUGGCCGGGGGGUACUCCUCCUCACCGACUCCGUCCCCCGCUCCCUACGUCCUCCCCGCCACCCCUCCUGUGAUCCCACACUACGGCCCCCCUAUCCACCACCACCAUCACCACCAUCUCCACCACCACCACCUUCAACCUCAGUCCCCGCCCCACUCCCCACCUGCAACUCCCCAGUCCCCGCUACCAGCACUGCUGCCACCCUCUCUGCACCCCCAUCACCCCCCUACGGAACAACACACGCUGUGAAUCAGGGUUUAAGGGAAUAAGGGAUAAGAAUAAAAAACGAAAAGGAUGAGAUUCAGAGAAUUUAAAGGAACAAGAGAUUUAGAAUUUUGGGAGAGAAUUGAAGUAGAUACAUUAAAGGAGUAAAGGAAGUAGAAAGAGAAGUAAGGAGGGAGAUUGAGUGAGAUGCAGUAUGUACAGGGAGAAAUCUACAUGUCUGGGAGAAAAGAAGAAGAAGAAGACAGGGCAUUUGAGCCUCUGUUACUUUUAGAAAAAACGGACACACACAAGGCAGAAAAAAGGGGAAAACACUGAACUUGCAGUACCUUCCUCCCUCUUCGCCACUUUAUCCCUUCGUCUCACUACAUCUAGACGUGCCCUCCUUGCCUUAUAGAAAACCUUCACACAAACACACUAUAGAAGAGUGAGACUAUGCCAGGAACUAUUAAAGGGACUCAGAUGUAGUACAGGAGGACAUGAACUUUGUUGGGAGUUCUUCACCACACACACACACCCAGACACCCAGUGGCCAGUGUGCCUCCAACAACCACCCUCCUCAAUCCCUUUUGCCUCUGACUUUGCUGGGAAUUAAGGCUGGGGGUGCAUGUUUUCUUUGCAAUCUAACCCACCUGCUGUACCUACCUGGAGAAUGAGGCUGGGACGGAUAUUGAGCAGAGAGCGAUUCCUGGAACACAUGUUUGUUUAUUUCGCCACUGCACAUGAGGACUGAAGCAAGAGACACGUGUUGCCACUCACUCAACUGGAUGUUCUGUCCUCCACAUCUCACACAUUCCUAUCUAUCAACCCCUCACACAGCCACACACACACAGACAAAAUUUCAGUUUCAGUCAUGGCAGAAUGCCAAGCACAGAGGGAAAAAAAAACCUAUCUGACUGGAUCUGCUAGGAAGCAAAUGGGAGCAAAGGAUUAUGGGGGCUCUUACAUCUUGGGCAUUCUGGGAAGUCUCCUGACCUCCUGUUUGCUCUGUCUCUCAUGGUUUGAACUUUAACCUCCAUCACAAAACAACUAAAAAGGGGAUAUUUAAUUGGUAUAGUUCUUAGUCCUUAAUAUGCUUUCAUACUGUCCUGAUAAUUCCUGAUUCUGCUCUUCAUUUGACAAAAUCUCUGGAACCUCGACCUUUCACUCAAGGAGCUGCCCUGUGUGUCAGUGUCUGUGCGACUGUCUUAUCUGCCUGUGUGCGCAUGUAUCCAUGCCUUUUGGUUGUACCGGAAUUUCCUGCAGUAGGCAGAUGCUGGGAAUAAUUCCAGUGUUGGACCUUCACCUGUCAUGUUGCUUCUUUUUACGCUGUGCUGUUUUUUUUUUUAAGAGUGUGUCAGCGCUGCAGUUUUCACAGUAAGGACCUUGUUAAAAAAAAAAAGCACUUUCCUGAGCACUUUGAAGGCACAUUUCAAAUUGAAGCUGCCAUGACAUGACAUGACAGCCACCGUUCACUUUAUUGUCAGGCCACCCCGAAUCUCUCUUUCUCUGGGAGCACACCACUGACAUCUAGAGGAAGAAUUGGGUACUGCAGCUCAUAAUGUCACCUCACUACUACUGCAUGGGCGUAGCACCAUUUUCCUACUGUGGUUUUUGUAGCGUCAGAUUCUCUUACAGGGUGCAAUUGUUUCGAUUUUUCACCAUUGUAUGUCAGGUUACAUUUACUCUAGAGCUCAUGAAGUGUAACUGUGUAUAUAGAAGAAUAGAAGUGAGGCGGAGCAAUUUAAAAUCUGAUAUACAUCAAUUGAGAUUAUAUAGAUUCAGGCUCUGUAGUCACUAAGCACGUGGCUACAUUGCAAUUACUUAGACAUGCAGUGAAUACAAUUGCCUCCCUGUCUUUUGUAGGUAGUUUCCACUUAACCAAUGCACUCGUCUCUUUGUUGAGGAGUGCAUUCCACCUCCUGGGUGCUAUGUGUUAGUGGCAGGAAAUAAAGAUUUAGGAGAUUGGGAAACAGUGUAGCAUUACAAGCAAAGAGUAAAAGCUGGAAGCGAGGCGCACACUUUAACAGGAUGGAGGCUUUUUAUUGUCGGACAUAAUUGGAAACCACUGCUCCAGGCCUCAGUACACUGUCCUCUUAGGACACAGCAAACACCUUUAAAAAGGGGACUCAAACCGGCCCUCGAUGGACUCGAAAUCUAAUUUACAAGAGUGUAACCACUACUCUCCCCGGCUGUCACUUUUAUGCCACAACAUAACCCAGUUACUCCCUGUUCAACAGAGACAGUUCGGUUCUUGGAGAGACAGCAGACAGAACAGAUAGUCCAUUCAUUCGUCUGCAUGACUUGAAUGGAGCAUCACAGAAUUCCUCAACCCCAGCUUGCUGUUACCGUAGAAACCAGCGAGAUGGGGCUCGAGGAGAGUUGCUUAGCCCUGAUCAGGAAGCUUGUGUGUGUGUGCACGCAUUCAUGUCUCUUCGUUUGUGUGAGCUCGAGAAAGGUGUGUGCAUGUGAACCUGUGCGUGUUAAUAUUAAGCAGAUGCUCACCAAGGUCACUUAAUUCUGUUUGACACUGAAUUGCAUCUCUGCAUGUCUCCCCAGACUAUCAUCUCUGCCCAAAGGAGAAGAAAAAACCUUUAACCAAUCACUGAACUCUUAAGGGAGCUUUUAUCAGUCUACACUACCUAUUUACCUUGUAUGUGUGUGUGUGUGUAAUCAAGGAUACCGGAAUUAAGAGCGUGUGUGUUUGGGUGGGUGGGUUUGAGCUAACAUGUUAGCAAGCUGUGCUUGGCAGACAGCCAGACACCAGCGUGAUCCAAACAAACGUGAAGGAGAGGAAUGCAGUUCUCCUUGCGGCCAUUACCCCGCUGUGUAACCCUGUUAGCCCGUCCAGAUUACACACACUGAUCCUCACAGAAAGUGUGAGAGAGAUUGGGUAGAAAAGGGGAGAGAUUGGGGAGGGAGGACAGACAGCAAAUGGGUGAAUGGGAUCAUUAUUUAGGAGACAGAGGGAGGAAGGAGGGGUGACCACUGGUACUUGUGUGUGAACGCCGGCCAGUGGCGUUCCCUGUGUAUAUCAAUGUGUUAAUACUGAACUGACUGUGAGGCAGCCAAAGACUGUGGAAAAAAGGGUUGAGGGAGAGAUGGGAAGCAAAGUGACAGUUUAGAAGAACAAUUGAAUAAAAAAAUGUGACUUUGGUUCAGUGAUAAUAUGUGGCUGCAUUGCUUUUCUUUAUUUUCCUUUUUUUUUUGCAACAAUGGUGACCGAUGUCUGUUAAGUUAAAAUGAAAAACAAGCAAAACUAUAUUCAAAUGGUUGUUUAUUGGUAUGUUAGGGGGUCUAACACUUUGCCCUUUAGUCAGUGGUGAUAAAAAAAAAGUUUCUUUUUAUGUUUUAUUUUAAUAAUUAAAAAAUACAAAGCAUUUUUUAACAAUUUCUUUGUGAACGAUUGAGAGACCAGCCCAGUAUAAUGCAUGAUUUCUUCCCGACCAAGGAAGAGGGCUCCACCACUCUCACUAUUUAAAGAGAUGAUAAAAAAAAAAAUAUUAAGAAAUUAUGGGGGGAAAAGAAAAUAAUAAAGAAAAAAAAUAAAUGAAGUACUGUAAAGUGAAAAGAUAACAUCAAACAUAAAAAAACUGUCAUUAUUUGCUGAGUAUGGUAAUUUGUCUCAAUGGGAACGGUGUAUACAGCAAGGCCUUAUGUGAUCUGUAUCAUAGUUAAUAAAUCAAAUCUUGUAAAA